UCCAGACUCCAUGGCAAAUGCAAGAUAUAAACUGCCGGCUAUGCCCUAGGAAACAGUCAUUAUUGAGAUCAACACUCAACAGCCAUCAAUCAUAUCAUAGAUACAAGCCUCUCCCGGCAACCCGUUUCUUGUCAUCUCCCACCAGCAUUCCACAAAAAGCUAGAUUCCAGCAGCACCGAAAUGAUAGUCAAACCACUCCUUGCCUCGUUAGGGCUAGGACUCGGACUCCUAUCUAGAGCCUCCGCUGAAGACAGCAGCAACUUCGAUUGCGGGACCAACGCAGCCCACGCCUCUGAGCACUUCAUAUCUACCCUCGAGUCCCUGCACUCUCCACAAGCCAAUGGCUCCCCCGCAGCCCGCGCAGCCGCCCACUACUCUGUGCUCAACGCCCGUGAGAAAGACAACAACACGGCCAUCACCAUCGACGCCGUCUUCCACAUUGUAGCCAAAACCUCCAAGAAGAGCGACAUCACCAACGAAAUGCCGUCCUCGCAACUCGACGCCCUCAAUAACGCCUACAAAGAGUACGGCAUAUCCUUCAACCUCAUCAACGUAACCUGGAACACAAACGACGCCUGGGCCGUCGGCGAGCCGCCCGCGGACUCUGAAAUGAAGAAAACCCUCCGCCAGGGCACAUACCGCACGCUCAACCUGUACUUCCAAACGGACCUCACCGGCGGCGUCCUGGGCCGCUGCACCCUCCCGUCACCCAUCGCAAACGGCAAAUCAGACGCCUCAGCCUACGCAAACGACGGCUGCAACGUAAACGCAAACACCAUGCCCGGCGGCUCACUCGAAGACUACAACAGCGGCAAAACCGCCGUCCACGAAACAGGCCACUGGCUCGGCCUCCUCCACACGUUUGAAGGAAACUCGUGCGAGGGCCCCGGCGAUUACAUCGACGAUACCCCCUUUGAGCGCGAGGCUACCGAUGGAUGUCCCGUUAGCCCGCCCAAGAUGACGUGUCCUGGUCAAAAGGGCGCGGAUGGCAAGGAGGUUAGCAUCGAUCCGAUUCAUAACUUUAUGGAUUAUUCCACGGAUGCGUGCUAUGAGGGCUUCACCAAGUUGCAGCACGAUAGGAUGCAUUUCAUGUACAAUUUGUAUCGGGAUGGGAACUAACUCUUAAAGAGGUUGUUAAUUGGUUUAUGCAUGUACAUGGGCUAUCUAUUUUGACCGGGUGAUGUGAUGGAAUGGAAGGUGGUCAUUCCUUCGAAUGUGGUUUCCUGGUUGAUGGAAAGAUGAUGGAUGGCUGUUUGAUUUGUUCGGUCCUCUCGCUUUUCCUUUUUCUGUCUUCCCUGGUUAUUUUCUUCCUCUGUGUGUCAUCCCCCUUCCCCCCCUGCUAUUUUCUCUUCUCUGUCUCCUCAAGUUCUCUCGUUUGCUUUUGCCCAUCUCUCAUUAUAUUUUCUUGUUUGGUUUUCUCUGUCUAUAAAUUGUUGCCUCUCCCUGUCUAUAUAGGGGUUUUUCUUUCUUUUAGUAAGUACGUUCCUAUAUACCGGAAAGACAACUCCCCUCCGAUAUCUGUAUUGGCGAACAAUGUAUAUAAAUUUCUAAUCCGUCGUUAUGUUAUUCAUGUUCGCGCAGUCUUCACAUUACAGAUAUAGAACUUCUUGCUUCUCUUACGGUUCGGGAGUGCCGACAUCUACCACGGAGAGGGAUAUACAGGAAGUAAUGGGACGAGGGAUGGUGAAGCAGAACGAACCAGCACCUGCGUAGGAAAACCACCUUCCGAUGCCCAGUUCUCAAGGACCAUGGUCCGACUCUCUCCUCGCAUAUUUCGUAAACACUCACAACUGCCUACCGACAAAAACCAACGUAAUGUAAUGAGUCUAGGCCCCCAAGCACAUUGUCUCAACUGUCAGGUCUAGUCCCAAUGGCCCCCUCCGGCCCUCCGGCAAGGCUGGACUCAAGUUUAAGACAACUCCGUGUAUAGGGCUGAGCUAGAACGUGCAUUUGUUGUACGGUCUUGGAACAAGCAUUUUUGAGACAUUUGUUUUGUUUCGGGGGAACGACUUGUAUGGUGGUCUAGAUUUUCGGCCUUUUCAUAACUCUUCCGCUUUUUCUUACUUUCGAUUUGAGUGUCAUUGGGAAUUUGCUCAGCAUCGAUGCUUUUCUGCUUGCUGUUUGCUGUUUGCGGAAAGUGGAUGUGUUUGUUUUGGGGUUAGUCUGGGGUGAGAUGGAGAUGGAAGACGUAUGUGGUUCUUUCAUCCUCUUUCUCUUGAUAUGUGAGUGUCCAUGAAUCAGCAUUUGUACAUAUGAGGUGUGGGUAUACUAUGCGCACAAGUAGGUAAGUGUGAUGGAUCCAAGUUGAGGAAAAUUUUUGAAAAACUGGUUCUGUGUGACAAGACACUCCACACGCUGUGAAUUGACUCGCGUAUGCAAAGUUGUGCUACCAUGUGAGACGUCAUCUGUACACCCUUUGCGAUCUGUAUGCGUGGUUUAGCAAAGCUAGGUGUUUGAUUUUGUAUGGAUGUUGAAGGAGGGUC